ACAUUCUGCUGUGUUGAAUUUGAUGAAAAUAAUUUGCUGCACUGGACUGGUCUCCUUGUUCCGGAUAAAGAGCCAUACAACAAGGGAGCAUUUAAAGUAGCUAUAGAUUUUCCAGUAGAAUAUCCGUUUAAACCGCCCAAAAUCACAUUUUUGACGAAGAUUUACCACCCAAAUGUUGACGAAAAGGGACAAGUAUGUCUUCCGAUCAUAUCACCUGACAACUGGAAACCUGCUACCAAAACCGAACAAGUGAUGAAUGCAUUGCUUGGUUUGAUUACCGAACCAGAACCUGACCAUCCAUUGCGAGCAGAUCUUGCCGAAGAAUUUACGAAAGAUAGGAAAAAAUUCAAUAAGACAGCAGAAGAUUAUACGAAAAAAUACGCAGUUAAACGACCGGAUGGUUUUUAG